AUGGAAGUGGACCCCACGGACAAGGGAAAAGGAAAGAAAGGACAAGGCAACGGCAAGAGGGGAGGAAAAGAUCGACAUGAGUAUCAGGACAAGGGUGGCUUUGGUGGUCACAAAGGGAAAGGUAAGGGCUCCCUUGGUUGGGGCAGAGUUCCCCAAUCGCCACGACGAAGCAUGUCCGAGAGGCUUCGCGUUUGGCGGGUGUCGGGUGAAGAGUUGGUUACCAUGAUUUGGCAAGAGGUGGAGGAGAUGGCGGAUGUUGGCGCACUGAAGCAACACUUGCAAAAGACAUGCGGGUGGCCCAGGUCUAUGCUAACACUUCUUCACGACGGCAAGCCCUUGAACGAUGAUGAUGAGUUGAGAGUACCCAUGGACAUGCAGAUAGUCUUACUGCCCUUUGCAGAUGAUUCCAGCACCUCUCAGCAGCAGCUUGCCUCCGCACUUGUCGACGCUGCCGGCGAUGGCGAGUUGGAGAUCAUCAGCCAACUGCUCGAUGCUGGCGCUGACAAGGAUGGGCUGGACAAACAUGGCCAGGGUCCCCUUCAUGCAGCCUGCUUGGCAUGCGAUCUGGAAGUUGUGGCCUUGCUCUUGAACGCAGGGGCCGACAUGGACCUGAUGAAUGGGGAUGGCGAAUCACCCCUCUGUGCGGCUUGUGUUGGAGGGAACGAGGGCAUCGUGGAAAAGCUACUGCUGGCUGGAGCAAACCCGGAUCUUGGCGAGCCACUACUGGCUGCACAGCAGGCUGGCAGCGACGCCCUCAUGCAGUUGCUACUCGAUCACGGUGCCGACGGCGCAUGCUUACUCCUCUCAAGAUCAGGCUCCUAUGAUUCAGGGCGUGAAUUCGGCGGCUGGGAUGACUCGGUCCCUCCCUCGCCGCCCUCGGUUCGCUCCUACGGGGUUCGCUCCUUCGGAUCUGGCUCCAGCUUUUAG